UUUUGCCGAAUCCGAACAACUCCCCCAUCCUCCCCCCUCCCUCUCUCCCUCCUCCACCGUCCCGUUCCGACCCGAUUAGCCGACAAAAGUCACAGAACCGAAGUCUCCGAUUAAAAAAAGAAAUAUUACUCUAUCUCUUAAGAAAUUAAAAUAAAUAAAUAAAUAAAUAAAUAAAAUACUCUCAAAAGACUAAAAAACUCUACCAGAAAAAGCCACACUCCACUCCUCUCACUCACUACCACCACCCCCUCUCCUCUUUCUCUCUCUAACUUUGCUUCAAAUUUCUCUCUCUAGGGUUUCGCUUUCUAUAAUGUAGAAAAAGUGAAACCAUUAGUCACACUUUCUUUCACAAGAUCUAAACAAAUUGCUGUAAAUGGGGAACUGUUGCAGAUCUCCGGCCGCCGUAGCUAGAGAGGAUGUGAAAUCGAGCUUCUCCGGUCAAGAUCACGGAAAGAAAAACAGCACAGCUAAAAAGACACCGCAACCAAUCAGAGUCCUCACCGGCGUUCCCAAGGAGAAUAUAGAGGAGCGGUAUUUGGUAGAUCGUGAGCUAGGUCGGGGAGAAUUUGGCGUAACGUAUCUGUGUAUAGAGAGAGACUCGAGAGAGUUACUUGCCUGUAAGAGUAUUUCGAAGAGGAAGUUGAGGACUGCUGUGGAUAUUGAAGAUGUGAGACGAGAAGUAGCGAUUAUGAAGCAUUUGCCGAAGAAUUCGAGUAUUGUGAGCUUGAAAGAAGCGUGUGAGGAUGAUAAUGCGGUGCAUUUGGUUAUGGAGUUGUGUGAAGGAGGGGAGUUGUUUGAUAGGAUUGUUGCUAGAGGUCAUUAUACUGAAAGAGCGGCUGCGGCGGUUACCAGAACGAUUGUGGAAGUUGUUCAGUUGUGUCAUAAACAUGGUGUGAUUCAUAGGGAUUUGAAGCCGGAGAAUUUUUUGUUUGCGAAUAAGAAAGAGAAUUCGCCUUUGAAAGCUAUUGAUUUUGGAUUGUCUAUUUUCUUUAAGCCAGGUGAGAGGUUCUCUGAAAUUGUUGGAAGCCCUUAUUAUAUGGCUCCAGAAGUGCUCAAGCGGAACUAUGGACCAGAAAUUGAUAUAUGGAGUGCAGGGGUCAUUCUCUACAUCUUGUUGUGCGGUGUUCCUCCAUUUUGGGCUGAGUCUGAGCAAGGAGUCGCCCAGGCCAUUCUUCGUGGGAUUAUAGAUUUCAAAAGGGACCCAUGGCCAAAUAUUUCUGAAAGUGCUAAGAGUCUGGUGAGGCAAAUGUUGGAGCCAGACCCAAAGCUUCGACUAACUGCAAGACAAGUGAUAGAGCAUCCUUGGCUCCAAAAUGCUAAGAAAGCUCCAAAUGUUCCUCUUGGUGAUGUUGUCAAGUCAAGACUUAAGCAGUUUUCAAUGAUGAACAGAUUCAAAAGAAAAGCCCUCAGGGUUAUUGCUGAUUUCUUAUCCAUCGAAGAAGUUGAAGACAUCAAAGAAAUGUUCAUGAAGAUGGACACCGAUGGUGAUGGUAUUGUUUCAGUUGAAGAAUUGAAAAUUGGACUUCGAAAUUUUGGUUCCCAGCUUGCAGAGUCUGAAGUUCAAAUGCUUAUUGAAGCUGUAGAUACUAAUGAGAAGGGUAAACUAGACUAUGGGGAAUUUGUUGCCGUUUCCCUUCAUCUCCAAAGGAUGGCCAAUGAUGAACAUAUUCACAAGGCAUUCUCCUACUUCGACAAGGAUGGCAAUGGUUACAUCGAACCAGAUGAGCUCCGGGAUGCCUUGAUGGAAGAUGGAGCAGAUGAUUGUACAGAUGUGGCAAAUGACAUCUUCCAAGAAGUAGACACUGACAAGGAUGGAAGAAUCAGCUAUGAUGAAUUUGUUGCCAUGAUGAAAACUGGGACAGAUUGGAGGAAAGCUUCCCGUCAUUACUCUAGAGGGAGAUUCAACAGUCUAAGCAUGAAGCUCAUGAAGGAUGGUUCACUAAACUUGGGAAGUGAGUAACAUAUACACGACCUAUGUUUAAUUUAUCAUUGCAAAGAAAGUAGUGGAUCAUCACCAUACAUCUUAGAAUUUCCUUCUUUUGUGAUAAUUUGAUGGGGCCCUUUUGCUUGUGGGUUACGAGGAUAAUGGAGGCUGAGUACAUCUUUUCUGUCUGCAAAAUGUUAAUUGUGUAAAAAUGAUGACUGGUAUCACGGUACAGGAUGUAUGAUCCCAUCCUUCUUUUUUAUUUUUUAUUUUUCAUUUUUACCCCCUUUAACCUUUGAUAAUUGUUUCCUGUUGACAAUGCGAACAUCGGUGAGGUGAAUUCCAUAGGGCUGUAGUAUAUUCUUCUAAAAGAAAAUGUUUUGUAUGUGUUCUAUGC